AUGUCUGAACCACAGCAAGAAACCAAACCCGACAUUAAGCCUGAAACCCACAUCAACUUGAAGGUCUCUGACGGCUCGUCAGAGAUUUUUUUCAAGAUCAAAAGAACCACCCCUUUGAGACGUCUAAUGGAGGCAUUUGCAAAGAGACAAGGUAAAGAAAUGGACUCACUGCGUUUCCUGUACGAUGGUGUGAGAAUCCAGGCCGAUCAGACCCCCGAGGAUCUUGAAAUGGAAGACAACGACAUCAUCGAGGCUCACAGAGAGCAAAUCGGAGGAGCUUCACUAUAA